GGAGGGGAGCUGUGACGUCUGGGAGGGGCGGUUUUCACGCUUCAUCAUGCCUUUCGAGAGAGCAGGUGGUGGACCAGGAGACAGUGUAUCAGUUUCAGCUCAAGCAGAUAUAGCACAUUCGGCCAAAGGCUACGAAUCGGAGGAUGAGAACGCGAGCAGAAAGCGGCAGAGGGCCAUUGAGGAACGGCCAGCCGGAAAGACCACCAUGUACUCGAAGCAGGAAUUCCGGGAGCAGUACUGCAUCAACAACAAACAGCUGGAUCUGCUGGAACUGGAGAAGUCCAAGAAGGAGCGAUUCCUCGGAUGCCUCUCUCAGUACCAUAUUGAGAGUCCCUGCUCCAGAGCCAACAGAGCAUCAUUUCUAUCCGUGUGUGUCCGUCGUAGAGUGCCCUCGGAUGAGAAUCUCAACUCCGAUUAUGCACCAAUACAGCGGUAUCCCAGGUUUGGCCAACCCUCCCCGGCCCCGCCCGAGGUGUGCGCAUACGACGCCGAUCUGGAGUGUUCAUACUUCCGACGGCGGCCGCGGUCCGUGUGCAGCCAACCUGACCCCAAACGCUACACCUGGAUGCCAGAGGAUGAAGACUUCACCCGGAUGGAGUGGCCACAGUAA